AUGGCCGUCGCCACUGUUACCGCCACCCAUCUCGCUCCCUCUUUUCCAUCCCGUAGUCGCCGGAGACGCGCCGCGCCCCGCGCGGCGGCAGGCGGCCUAACGGCGCGCGCGCGGCGGCUGCGCUGCGAGUUCGUCGCCGGCGGUGGGAACGGGGCGCUCUCCGGAGAGGACGACCCUCGCCUCGUCGACCGCCAAAAAGCUCUUGAUGCAGCUAUGAAUGACAUAAACAGCUCUUUUGGAAAAGGAAGUGUUACAAGAUUAGGCAGUGCUGGUGGUGCUUUUGUUGAGACAUUCCCAAGUGGUUGUCUAACACUAGAUUUUGCUCUGGGUGGUGGCCUUCCAAUAGGAAGAGUAGUGGAGGUAUAUGGUCCAGAAAGCAGUGGAAAGACUACCCUAGCUUUGCAUGCAAUUGCUGAAGUACAGAAGCUUGGAGGAAAUGCCAUGCUUGUCGAUGCAGAGCAUGCUUUUGAUCCAGCUUAUUCAAAAGCUCUUGGGGUAGAUAUUGAAAAUCUGAUUGUCUGCCAGCCUGACAACGGAGAGAUGGCACUAGAAAUUGCGGACCGCAUGUGCAGAUCUAGAGCAAUAGAUCUUAUCUGUAUCGAUUCGGUGUCAGCACUCACUCCACGUGCAGAAAUUGAAGGUGAGAUAGGGAUGCAACAGAUGGGUCUACAAGCUCGUCUGAUGAGUCAAGCAUUGAGAAAGAUGUCAGGGAAUGCCUCAAAGGCUGGCUGUACUCUUAUGUUCUUGAAUCAAAUAAGAUACAAGAUUGGAGUAUUCUAUGGAAAUCCUGAAGUCACUAGUGGAGGGAUAGCCUUGAAAUUCUUUGCAUCUGUCCGCCUCGAGAUACGGCCCAUUGGGAAGAUAAAAUCUCCCAAAGGAGAUGAAGAUGUUGGUGUGAAGGUUCGUGUCAGAGUGCAAAAGAGUAAAGUAUCUAGGCCCUACAAGCAAGCUGAAUUUGAAAUCAUUUUUGGGGAGGGUGUUAGUAAAUUGGGGUGCGUUCUUGAUUGUGCUGAGCUGAUGGAUGUAGUUGCAAAGAAGGGUUCAUGGUACAGCUACAAAGAUAUAAGAUUGGGCCAAGGCAGAGAAAAGGCACUGCAGUAUCUCCGAGAGAGCCCAACCAUCUGCGAUGAGAUAGAAAAGGUGGUUCGCGCUAUGAUACCAGAAGGAUCCAGACAUAUGAGCUUGCUAGCUUUCGGGCAGUCAUCAUCAACUGAAGAUGAACAAGUGUAUGAUGAGCAAUAA